AUGCCCCCAAGGCCGGUGCCUCAGUUGGAGCAGAUCAACGCAGAGGUGUUUACGUUGACGUACGGCUCCAUAGUGCGGCAGCUAAUAGAAGACUUUGAGGACCUGGACGAGGUCAACAAGCAGCUCGAGCAGAUGGGGUACAACAUUGGGGUGCGGCUGGUGGAUGAGUUCCUUGCAAAGGCCAAGAUGGGCCGCUGCAGCAGCUUCCGGGAGGCAGCUGAGGUGGUGGGACGCCAGGCCUUGCCCAUGUUUCUGAACGUGUCGGCCAAUGUCACCAACUGGAAUGCAGAUGGAACAGAGUGCAGCCUGGUGCUGACGGACAACCCUUUGGCAGACUUUGUUGAGCUGCCAGAGGAGUACCGCGGAGAGCUGCGGUACAGCGGCAUGCUGUGCGGCGUCAUACGCGGCGCCCUGGAGAUGGUCAACAUGGACGUGGAGGCACGGUUCGUUCAGGACGUGCUGCGGGGUGACGAGGUUUAUGAGAUUCGGCUCAAGCUCAAGGAGCACCGCGCAGAAGCGUUUCCUUUUACGGAUGACGACUGA